AUGUGGUUUUUCUUUGUAUUGCAGUCUCUCGACAUCGUGGUGCCAAUCAUUUCAAUUACUCCCUUUCUGCAAUUCAUAGUCACCGCCAUUAUUUUAGGUUGUACUUUGCUCAACUUAUUCUUCUUUGCUGUGGACAAUCCAUCGCAUAUUGGCUCAAGUUGUUUCGUGAUCGCCGUUAUCAUUAUGGAAAUCUAUCCGACAGCAACAAUCUGGCUAAUAUUCUUUCAGAUAGCGAAAUUCUCUUUUACACUAUACAGCUUUAUCAAUGAGAUGGGCCUCAAAGAGCGUUUCGAGUGAAAUAUAUCAAAAUCUCAUGGCCUUAUUGCCAUCUUUUUUAU